GACGAAGAAUGGCAAUGAAGUGUUAAUAUUACAACAACGAAAAAAGCGUGUUUUGAUUUUUGCGGUAUUUUUUUAUUUGGAAAAAUUGACGAGAAAAAGGAAAAUUCAGGUGUGAAAAAUGAGUGAAUCAAAGAAGCAAGAUUGUAAAUAUGGUGCGGAAUGCUAUCAGAAAAAUCCAGCGCACAAGGCCAAGUACAAUCAUCCGGGAGACGACGCUGAAUUGGAGUCGGCAAAGCGUGAAAGAUCUCCAGGAACUGACAGCGAGGAAUCCACAAAGAAGCUCAAAGAAUCCCCAGCAGCAGCUUCCAAAGCAAACCCGGAGGAUAGUGCCCCGUCAGGUUCGGGGGAAGAAAAGGAAUUAACGCUGGAUGACCUGAAGAAUCCAUUCAAGAGCGCUGACAGACUCGAAGGAAUCAAUGAGAAUGAAGUUCAGGAUGGAGAUAUUGUGGAUCCUUGGGCACACAGGAUACGUUUUUCCCAAAUGCAAGAGUACAAGCAAUUGCUGAGUGACCCUAAGUUGUUCUUUAAGCAUAAAUUCUGCGUGGAAAUGCCGGAAGAUUUCUACGGGUUUUGGGAAUUUUGUAAAUCCCAGACGAAGGAGGGGGGAAAGCCGGAGUGCCUUUUUGAGCAAGUGGGGCUCCAACUGGUGGGUCCCUUUGACUACAUGGCGGGGAAAUUUCACGAUGCCCCCCUCAGGGAGCCGGGAGACUACUUCCGCCACUGGCGCUUCUACUACGACCCACCGGAAUUCCAAACUGUCUUCGUGAAGAAGGGCACAGGGAUACACUACGGGUACUGGAGGGAUAGUCCCUUUGCUGAGCAGUGCUUCUUUGCCCGCAAUGACGCCUCCAAGGGGUGCCAGUUUACCAUAUUUGAUACAAACAUUUUUAAUGCCGUCAGCUACUUCCUGGACAAAGAUGCCAACGUGACCCCCUUCACAAAGGCAAAAGUGGGCGCACUGAAGAAGAGUCUUCAGAGUUGGGUGGCAGACCAUGAGGUGGAUGUGACGAGUGCCCCAACACUGAUAAAGGAGCGUCAACGGAAGCUCGUUUGUAAGACAUUUCACACAGCUGGACUUGUUGUUCCGGUGGAAGCGAAGACGAAAAUUGGCUAUCGCCCCCUCAUGGAAACUGACGCUGACCUCAAGAAGAUCCUGUCGAAGAUUGACGAUGGCCACAGCCUCCAGUCACUCAUGAGUACACUACAACCCAUCAUCACAGCUGCCAGCAUUGCCGUCGACGAGGGUGACUACGGAACAUCAAUUGAGCUGGCCUUAGAUUUCUACGCUCACGGAUCACCGGAAUUGCACAACUGCAUAAGGAACCUCUCAGUUGUGGGAUACACGCAGGCUGGUCAUCCGCAGUUCCUGGCAAUUCUCAAAGCUCAACUGGACAAUCGCCGCAAGGGAUUCAAUCUCAGCAUCCUAGAAGAAGCUUGAGGGCAUUUUUCGUAUUAUUUUUUAUAAAGAUUCUAAUAAAAAAACAUAAUAAAAAAAAA